CAGCUCAAGUUUGAGCUCCAGAACAAAUAUUUGUCCCGAUUCUGAACAAAAUUAGAGAGACUUCUUCGUCGUGGUCUUCUUUUUUUUAAAACGCAAUGUACUUCUCUGGUGUUCCUUUGAACAUAGUUCAGUAGGAAGGAGUGGAAUUCCCAGACCACCUGCUCCAGGGGGAAGUUGGCAAAGCUGUCCAGAAAAAAAUGAAAGGACUCACGUGUUUUCUCGUCUGGUUACUUCUUUCGGAAGCACAAGCCUUCGAAAUCCCCACAAAUGGACUUUCUGAAAGAAGCCUUCCCGGCGAAUCAGGAGAAGAGAGGGAAGAUGUUGAUCAAGUAACUCUUUAUAGCUAUAAAGUCCAGUCCACUAUUACUUCUCGUAUGGCAAAUACCAUCAUCCAGAGCAAACUGGUAAACAACUCGCCACAGCCUCAGAAUGUUGUGUUUGAUGUUGAGAUUCCAAAAGGAGCCUUCAUUUCCAACUUCUCGAUGACUAUUGAUGGCACAACAUUUACCAGUUCCAUCAAGGAGAAAACUGUGGGCCGAGCUCUCUAUUCACAGGCAAGGGCAAAAGGCAAGACAGCUGGAUUGGUGAGGAGCAAGGCCCUUGACAUGGAGAACUUCCAAACCGAGGUAAACGUCCUCCCUGGAGCAAAGGUGCAGUUCGAACUUCAUUACCAGGAGGUGAAGUGGAGGAAGCUGGGGUCCUAUGAGCACAGACUUCACCUGAAGCCUGGAAGGCUGGCCAAGCACUUGGAGGUAGAUGUGUGGAUAAUUGAACCUCAAGGACUGAGAUUUCUUCAUGUUCCUGACACAUUUGAAGGCCAUUUUGAUGGUGUUCCAGUUGUCUUGAAAGGACCCCAAAAGGCACAUGUCUCCUUCAAGCCCACAGUGGCACAGCAGAGAAAGUGCUCCAACUGCUCGGAGACUGCGGUAGAUGGCCAGCUGGUGGUGAUGUAUGAUGUGAACAGAGAAGAGAAGGCGGGUGAACUUGAGGUAUUUAAUGGAUAUUUCGUCCACUUCUUUGCUCCUGACAACCUGGAACCAAUUCCCAAGAACAUCCUCUUUGUCAUCGAUGUUAGUGGUUCGAUGUGGGGAGUUAAAAUGAAGCAAACUGUGGAAGCAAUGAAGACCAUUUUGGAUGACUUAAGAGCAGAAGACCAUUUCUCUGUGGUUGACUUCAACCACAACAUCCGAACCUGGAGAAAUGACUUAGUUUCAGCCACUAAAACACAGAUUGCAGAUGCCAAAAGGUACAUUGAGAAAAUCCAGCCCAACGGAGGCACAAACAUCAACGAAGCACUCCUGCGGGCCAUCUUUAUUUUGAAUGAAGCCAAUAACAUGGGACUACUGGAUCCCAACUCUGUCUCUCUGAUCAUUUUAGUUUCGGAUGGAGAUCCAACCGUGGGUGAACUAAAAUUGUCAAAAAUUCAGAAAAAUGUGAAGCAGAACAUACAAGACAAUGUAUCUUUGUUCAGUCUGGGCAUAGGAUUUGAUGUUGAUUAUGACUUUUUGAAGAGACUUUCCAAUGAAAACCGUGGAAUUGCUCAAAGGAUUUAUGGAAACCAGGACACAUCUUCCCAGCUCAAGAAAUUCUACAACCAAGUCUCUACUCCAUUGCUCCGGAAUGUUCAGUUCAACUAUCCUCAUACAUCAGUAACAGACGUCACUCAAAACAGUUUCCACAAUUACUUUGGAGGUUCAGAGAUCGUGGUGGCAGGGAAAUUUGACCCUGACAAGUUGAAGCAAAUACAAAGCAUUAUCACGGCAACUUCGGCAAACACAGAGUUAGUCUUGGAAACCCUGGCCCAGAUGGAUGACUUGGAGGAAUUUCUAUCCAAAGACAAGCAUGCAGAUCCUGAUUUCACCAAGAAAUUAUGGGCCUACCUAACAAUCAACCAGCUGUUAGCUGAGCGAAGCCUGGCUCCUACAGCUGCUACCAAGAGGAGAAUUACAAAAACAAUCCUGCAGAUGUCUCUGGAACAUCAUAUUGUGACCCCACUCACCUCGAUGGUGAUUGAGAACGAUGCCGGGGAUGAGCGCAUGCUGGCCGAUUCCCCUCCACAGGACCAUUCUUGCUGUGCAGGUGCCCUGUAUUACGGUGAAAAAGUUCCUUCGAAUGGGAUCCCUUCUUGGGCCAACGCUGCCCCGACACCAGUAGUCCCCAUGCGUUUGGCCGGAGCUCCCGUGCUGGAGUCCACGCCCCCUCCACAUGUGAUGAGAGUUGAAAAUGACCCACAUUUCAUCAUUUACCUGCCAAAAAGUCAAGAGAACAUCUGCUUCAAUAUUGACUCAGAACCUGGAAAAAUCCUCAACCUGGUUUCUGAUCCGGAAUCAGGGGUUUCAGUCAACGGCCAGCUUAUCGGUGCCAAGAAGCCCCAGAAAGGAAAACUACAUACGUAUUUUGGAACACUGGGAUUUUAUAUACGAAGUGAAGACACGAAAAUAGAAAUCACCACCGAGACCAUCACCCUGAGCCGCGGCUCUCAUACAUCCAUCCUGUCCUGGUUUGACACAGCCCACGUGGCGUAUCAGAGGGUGCUUGUCUCAGUGAAGAAAGAAAAAACUGUGACUGUCACUCUCAAUAAAGAGCUGUCCUUUUCUGUUUUACUUCACCGUGUUUGGAAGAAGCAUCCCAUUAACGUAGACUUUCUGGGGAUCUACAUUCCGCCCACAAGCAAGUUUUCUCCCAACGCACAUGGACUUAUAGGCCAGUUCAUGCAUGAGCCAAGCGUACGCAUCUUCAAUGGAAGACCAGGAAGAGACCCCAAGAAACCAGAGGCAAGCAUGGAGGUGAAAGGACACACACUGACUGUCACCAGAGGCUUACAGAAAGACUACAGGACAGAUGUAGUGUUCGGAACCGACGUGCCCUGUUGGUUUGUACACAACAGCGGGAAGGGUUUCAUCGAUGGACAUUACAAGGAUUACUUUGUGCCUCACCUCUACAGCUUUCUCAAACGGCCCUAGAGCUUUACGGUUUUGGAAGUUGUAUGUACAAAGAUACUGUAUUCCCCCUACCAUUUUGUAGUCAUUCCUUAGUUCAGAUAACUAAAAGCAAACCAGGUAUCAUGGUGAUUUAUAAAGCCUAUUCCCAGAUUUGAAGGAAAUAAAUAUUUUGCAAGGAA